AUGAGCCGGCUCUGCCUCUCCAUCGCCCUUCUCGUCCUCCUGGGCACCCUGGUGGCCGGCAUCCCGGGCACCCUGGUGACCGGCAUCCCGGGGGGUGAAACCAGCAACCACACCGAUGAUGAAACCAGCAACCAGGUCAAAGGUUCUCAGCCUGCCUUCUGCCUGGAACCUCAUCACACGGGUCCCUGCAGGGCCCGGAAGGUCAGGUACUUCUACAACGCCAAGUCCGGGCACUGCGACAUGUUUAUAUACGGCGGCUGCCGAGGGAAGAAGAACAACUUCCCAACAGCACAGGACUGCAUGAAGACCUGCGGUGGUCCUGUGGUGACCCACGGAGGACCUGCGAACUGUACCACCCCGAAACCCUGAAGUCAAGGAGGAGCCACGCGGGGCUGGGCUGUGGCUGCUUCUGAAACAGUGUGAUCUCCUCUGAGUCCGUCUCAACCCCACCCUCCUCAGCAGAACCCUGCCUCUCUCCUCCCAACAUGGGUCUACUUGCCUUAGUUCUGUCUCA